CAAAACAACACACAUGCACCCAUCUCCUUCUUGCCCUGCAGUGACGGGGCCUCGCUCCCAACUCGCCUCUGCCAUCGCACGCCACCCUUGCCGAUUUUCCCGUCACGCUAAAGGCGCUGGGGCCCACUGCCAUGGCAUCCACCUCACGCCAGUAGCUGUAUAUUCCUCACGCGUAGAUUGUUGCGCAAGGAGGAAGCUUGGGCAAGCCGCCCGGCGCGUGGCACGGCACACGAUGGCCAUGCCUGACUCGGGUGCCACGCAGGCCCCGGAAACAUUCGUGCUCGGGCUCACGGGCUCUAUAGGCAUGGGCAAGAGCACAGUGUCAAAUAUGCUCAAGGAGGAGGGCGUGCCGGUGUGGGAUGCUGAUGCGACGGUGCACAAGCUGUACUCGGCGGGCGGGGCGGCGGUGCCGCUGGUGGAGGCCGAGUUCCCCGGCGUGGCGGUGGCAGGAGCCAUCGACCGGGCCGCGCUGAGCAAGUAUGUGGUGGGGAAUGAGUCCGCUAUGAGGCGGCUGGAGGGGCUGGUGCACCCGCUGGUGGCGGCGGACCGGGCGGCCUUCUUGCAGCAGGUCCGUGCCUCCGGCCAGGCCCUGGCGGUACUGGACAUCCCGCUGCUGUACGAGACGGGAGGGCCCAGCCGACACGGCUGCGACGCGGUGGCGGUGGUCAGCGCCGCGGCGGAGCUGCAGCGAGCGCGCGUGCUGGCGCGGCCAGGCAUGAGCGAGGAGAAGCUGGCAGCCAUUCUGUCGCGGCAGGUGCCUGACGAGGAGAAGCGCCAGCAGGCGGACUUCGUGCUGGACACGGGCGUUGACCUGGCGGACACGCGGCGGCAGGUCGGACAGCUGGUGGCGGAGCUGCGGAGAAAGGGCGGGGCUGCUUAAGGAAGUCGCAAUAGUUGCCGAGAUGGUAUUGGGGGUUUGGAGGGGUGCUUUGCGAUGGCACGCCGUUUGGCGGGGAGUCUCGGCGCUGUGGUCCCGGAGCAGGGGGGCGAGAGUUCACGUCCAGCACCACGAAGAGGGCGUGCCGACGUCCCAUUCACAGGCAUGUUGGUAACAAUGUUUUCUUAAUGCACAUGAAGAGACGUCGUUCGACGCGGUUGGCACCCUGCGUGGAAGAGAAUUCUUGUGCGCAUCAUGCGAAUCGGUCGCGCCCGCGCAAUCCCGCCGUGCAGC